AUGGCAACUUCUGUCCACCAAAACCACAGAUUUUAUCACCCAUCCAUUCCUACUUCGCAUAGGAAUCGAAGCUUGAACUUUUACUGGCGGUUUCCGUCUUCAUUUUCCGGGAAAUUUAAGGUUUUAACUUUGAAGAAGAAGUACCACAGACGUAGCGGACAUGGAUUUUGCUCGUCGAGUAUCAGUAAAGCGAAUAAUACUGAUAAUACGGAGUUUGAGAAGGUUUCUGUUCAAGAAGAGAAAGAGAAGGAGCUGGAACGGCCUCCUUUUGAUAUCAAUCUCGCUGUCGUUCUUGCUGGUUUUGCUUUCGAAGCCUAUACUAGCCCUCCUGAAAAUGUAGGGAAGCGCGAGGUUGAUGCAGCUAAUUGUAAGACUGUGUAUCUCUCAGAGUCGUUCGUACGUGAGAUAUAUGAUGGCCAAUUGUUUAUAAAAUUGAAGAAGGGUUUGGAUUUCCCGGCCAUGGAUCCAUGGGGAACAAGUGAUCCUUAUGUGGUUAUGGAACUAGAUGGUCAGGUUGUCAAAAGCAAGGUCAAAUGGGGAGUAAUGGCUGUUGUGCAUAUGGAAUUUUGUGAGGAUGCUCAUGCCAGGAUUGCAUAA